GAUCGCGCGCAGCUGGCGCCCGGUGGAACUGCGGAACUGGGGUCUGAGCGGGCUUGGGGCUGUUUCGAUUGAGUGACCGAGAAGGGUGAGGCCGCCGCGGUGGCCCGGGAUUUGGGGCCUAGGGUCGCGGGCCCUCCGAGCACUGCGACCAGAACAUGCCCAGCCCCGCCUCCAAAUUUGGAUCUGGGGGUGGCCAAUCCCAUCCGUCGUCGUGGGAAGCCGGGGAUCCCAGUGACCUUGGAUGGGGUUGGGGGAGUGCCUGUCGCGAUCUGGGGCCUCUGACAAGGUGGUCUCGGCCACAGUGAACGCCACCAGUUUUUUUGCAUCGGCUUCUUGAUUCUUGAGGUUCAUCUUCCAAACCGUUGACUCUGGGAGGCCUUAUUGGGCCACCACUCCCGCCCCAUUUCCACCUUUUUAAGACUAAAUUUCAUUUAUGUAACUGUAGGGCACCCCCCCCCCACCCAAACCUGGGCCCUUGGGGCGGGGGCAAAUAGAUUCAAAUCGUCCAGAGCUCUCCUGACGCCAAACCCCCGCCGGUGUUGUUCUCUGUAAAGGCCCACCCGCGAUGCGAGAGGGGCCGAGGGGCGACAACUGGCGUUGGUGGCAGCGGUGCCCUCGAGACCCCAAAGCCUGGGGACCCAGAGCUCCGCCCCAACGGCACUGCGGGGUUCUCUCAUCGCAGCGUCCAGGUCUGCCCAUGCCAGACACCUGGGAGAAUUCAGAAGCUGGGCCCCUUGCCUAUUCCAGAAUUAAGGCUUUCAAAGUGUCCACAGAUGUUUGCCAACCACCUGCAACGAAUUUUCCUGGCAGGUUGAUAUCAAGACAACAAACAUGUCCUCCACUCCUAUGAAAGAGUGCCUGCAGCUUCAGUUGCUGGAGAUGGAAAUGCUGUUUUCUAUGUUUCCUAACCAAGGAGAAGUAAAACUUGAAGACGUAAAUGCCCUGACGAAUAUAAAGAGAUAUUUGGAAGGCACAAGGGAGGCGCUGCCACCAAAAAUUGAAUUUGUGAUAACACUCCAGAUUGAGGAGCCCAAGGUGAAAAUCGAUUUGCAAGUAACCAUGCCUCACAGCUACCCCUGUGUAGCGUUGCAGCUGUUUGGACGGUCACCGGAGCUUGACAGACAGCAGCAGCUACUUCUCAACAAAGGUCUCACUUCCUACAUAGGGACGUUUGAUCCCGGAGAGCUGUGUGUGUGUGCCGCAAUCCAGUGGUUACAGGACAACAGUGCCUCCUAUUUCCUGAACAGAAAGCUCGUUUACGAACCAUCUACACAAGCAAGGCCAGUUAAGAACACAUUUCUCCGAAUGUGGAUCUACAGCCACCAUAUAUAUCAGCAGGACCUGAGGAAAAAGAUUUUGGAUGUUGGGAAAAGGUUGGAUGUGACUGGAUUUUGUAUGACAGGAAAGCCUGGUAUAAUUUGUGUGGAGGGCUUCAAAGAGCACUGUGAGGACUUCUGGCACACAAUUAGGUACCCCAAUUGGAAACACAUUUCCUGCAAGCAUGCAGAAAGUACUGAGACAGAAGGGGAUGGGGAGGACCUGCGCCUGUUCCAUUCCUUUGAAGAAUUACACCUAGAGGCCCAUGGUGACUAUGGAUUAAGGAACGACUAUCACAUGAAUCUGGGCCAGUUCUUAGAAUUCCUAAGAAAACACAAAAGUGAGCAUGUUUUCCAGAUAUUAUUUGGUAUUGAAAGCAAAAGUUCAGAUUCCUAGAAAGCUAUUAAAAGGCCUAUGCCUGUCAUUUCGCCAAGUCAAUAUUUCUGUCAAUAAAACCAAAAUAAAAAGGCUGGUGGCUGUUGACCAUU